AUGGAACAACGUCGCAUUGCGGGCCCUGAAUCAGUGUUGUGGACGAUCCCACCCAUUUCCGAGCAAUCAGAAAAAGUGCACUUGUUGCGUGAUUACCUCGCAAAAGCAGAAGCUGCUGCUCGCAGACGGGACGAUCACACUGUGUACUCGUGUUAUGUCAAAAUAGCCCUCUACUUCCGUGACUUCCCCGACGAUCUCUGGCUAACGGAACACUUCUUCCAUUAUGCUCUGAUCGUAGCAAGGCGCAUUAAGGACGAUGGCGGAUUAAAGCUGGCGAGAGCCUACCAGUACUACGGAUUAGCAAAGGAGGCACAGGGUAAGCUGAGAGUUAUUAGUUGGAGUUUACUUAUUACUAUCGGCCUAAAUGGCUCGUAUGCAAAAUAUCACGGUGUGUGCUUCAAUCAGAGUUUCAAGCUAUAUGUUUCAAUCCAAGUCUAUAAACGUCAGCCGGUCUGUGACGGAUAAAGUUAAGCAGACUUAUACGCAGUUGCUCACGAGGUGCAUGAAAUAUACCGCGAAGAGCUUCAUUUGUUUCACCUGAUGCGAAUUACGCGCACAUUAAACAACGCUUCAUUUGCCGAAAGAAUUUCCAAUUGCCCUUGAUGCGUCUGUGCAAAUAUGUGAAAUUGUCAGUUUUAUUGCUUACGAUGACGUUUUACUUAUCCCAAGGAAUGUUUUGAACCUAGUCAAUAAAGUGAAACUAAAGUGCCUAUUUGUAGUAGUUCGAUUUCGUCUGUCUCCGUUACGACGGAAAGAUCUGACAGGAUAGACUAUGGCCGUACAGUAUUGUGAUGUUAUAAUAAAUGAGCGAAAAAAGUAAAUACGAUCUGCAUAAAGAAGAAGAAGUAAACUUUCUGGGAAUGUCCAGCGUCUUGUUAUUGGGAUGACUAAGUUUAAAAUAAAAAGAGAGCCAGAAAGAUUGGAGACAUAAACAAAUUUUGUAAUAUACAGUAGGGGUUCAAACCAUGGAACUCACAUUUCUGCUGCCCAUAUAUAAAGUCGGUUGAAUGAAAAAUACGGUAUCUGAGUGUACAACUUUUAGCAUUGUAAGUGUGAUUUACACAUAAGAUGUCAGUGACACUGUUCCACACUGUACUUUAUGUGAAAAGUCUUUUUGUACUUCAAACACAGUCAUGGCCUUUCUUAGUUAAGAAAGCGGUGAUCGGUCACAGCCGUAAAGACGCAAGGGAAGAAAAAAGGAGAAUCGGGCUUUCAAAGCUUAAUAAAGGUUAAAAAACACCCGUUAGGUUCUGCUCUGUGUCUAAAAGCAUGUUGGUUAGCUUGUGUAGUAGAUAAAUUAUCAACUUUACUUUCCUCUGCGAAUGGUUUUGUUAGUGGAUAGGUGAUAGCUUAAAAUAAACUUGUCAAAAUGAUCAACAAAUCCAUUAAAAGCAUGUCAACCGAAGUUGGUGUUUGACUCACGGUAAGUGGGGUAGCCACAAAAUGUUUAAUCUCCCCUCUUCAAGCAAGCGUCCCGCGAUCGUUAUCAGCUUACUACGAGAUGACUGUUUGCCAGGAAUUCAGAUAUGGGCCACGUGGCCUGAUGGAACAACAGGUUUCCUUCGCAAGCUUAAAUUGUUACUGGAUUACUCCCUGACGUAGCGACGACCAUUACAAAUUGCAGUCAAAAAUAUGAGCCGGUCACUCGAUGGUGAAAUGGAGGAAUGUCUUAGUUUCAGAUUAUCUGACCCGAAUUAAGGGUGCAUCGGUUUCAACAAUGCGAUAGAGCCAGAAACGGUUACCGUAGCCUCAUUCGGGUUUCACAAAUCUUUCCAGUUAUUGAUGCAUUACGCAGGUUCCACUUCUUAAAGGUUUUGGUGCGCACCGCUGGGUUCUGCUACCUAUACAAUUAACUGGGCAAAACGACACUUCGUAGUUCCAGAUGUAAAUACUCUAUGUUAGAAACUAGGCCUGUGGCCGCUGUUCAAGCUAUCGUGCAUACUGUUCGGUGGACAUAGUUUGUCAGGCACGCCUAGACUUAUUUUUUAUCGUUAGGUUACUAAAGGUGGCAGCUUCAUAACGUAAACACUCCGGACUUAAAUGUCUUUCUUUUUCACUAUACAAAGAAAAAUAAAAACUAAGAAGUUAAAGCCCAAAGUCUCGUUAACAUUAAAACUCACAACUGAUGGCAGCUUGUUGAAAGACUAGUUAGAAGCAGUCAAGAGUUUCUUAAUUAGUUUGCCUGUUUAUUACCGAAUCCUACUACAAAAAUGCCAAAAUCCGUCAGAGACAACCAGGGAAUAUUUGAGCAGCCAAAUAAAUUAUUAACUGAUUUUCAGAAUGUUAUAAGAUCAUUUAAAUGAGUGUCAGGUAUGUUGAAUUCGAAAGACAGAUUGUCACUUGAAACUUUCAUCGGCCCCAAUAUUUAGACACGGAUUACAAAGCCUGGUCCAUUCUCUACCUAAGGAGAAGGAAGGAGGUUUAAUACUGACGGAUUUCUAUAAUUAUUUAGGAGUAAUAAAUUAUGCAUACCUUUGUAGAUGCUCUCUGUGCUUUCUGUACUUUCGGCCGUUGUAUGUUUUCAUACGUUUUCGCAACGUCAGAAGUCAAGGUGGACACACCUAUCGCCUCAGUCUUUAGAACUAGGUAUCCAUGUUGGUAGCUGUGAGCUCAUGGGUGCUUUUCGCAUACUUCCCUUCCGAGGACAUUAAGUCCGUACUUUUGGAUAGCUAGCCAGUUGCAAAUUUCGUGUUCUUAUGCCCACAGUCGUAUUUUAUUUAAAAAUAGACUUUUUGGGAGCAUUUGGUAAGCGUAAACUAAGUACGCAUUCGCUGCUAGAAAACCUAAUUGAUGAAGCUGCAAGAGGAGUUUUCAGAAGUCUGCAGCUCAGAUUACGAGUUAAUAUGGCGUUUAUUCAUCUCUCUUAAUAUGUGACAGUUUUCGGAGAUCCUUUACAAAGUUUUCAUGUUAUUUAACGGACAUAGCCUUCCCAACUAACCAAAUGGAUGAUAGCGAUUCGCGAAGGGUGGCGUGCCUGUCUAAGCUGAAAAACUAGACCAUUUCCUGCAGGAGGAUUCCUACAGUAGCUGCUCGGCCAGGGUUCCUGAGAACAUAUUUAAGAGCUUACUUUUCAGCUAUGUGCCUAGCUUCCAGCACUGCAACAUUUAUAACAUUAAGAAACAAAUUUCCAAGUGACACGGACGAAAGAGUAUUUAAAUAGGAAAAGUUUAGAGAUCCGGGAAGAUUAUAAGAAGAAGAAAAUUGGCUCUCCGGAACAGGUUUAUUUAACUGCUGACGUUUCAAAGAGCUGGGUCGGCUCUUCAUUGUCAAAGCGUAAACUGCACCUAAUCGGUCAGAAAGUUAACUUAAAGUGGCAAGCUGUGUUGGCCGGCCUCAUGCUGAUCGAUUUUUCUCUCUCCUCACGCUGCGUCGGCCUCUCAGGAAAUGGUUGACGGGCGUUUUUGCCUGUGCACUUUAUGAGUCACCACUCCGUCGAGGGGAGCUGAUUGGACUUUAGUCGGGCGGUCGGUCUGACGGUUCUUGUUCUUCCUCACCGAGUAAGCUCAGCGUCGGGCUAUCUCCGUGCUGUCUUCUUAAGUCCGGUGUGGUUGUUUGGUCCUGAGCUCUACGGUUGUGAUGACGUAGGACUUUGUAAGCUGCAGGAAGGUCCAGAUGCCUGUUGAUAGAGUGGGCAUCGGAGAACCACGCCUCUAGAGUUAGCCGUUCUGUUUUUGUGUUGCCUCGGCCUAAGAUGGUAGCCCUCUGGAGGUCAAAAGUAUGCCCCGUUUCCCCAACGUGUGUUGCUAGUUGAGAGUUAGGGUCUAACCUCCGAGUGGCCACUCGGAGGUUAGACCCUAACUCUCAACUAGCAACACACGUUGGGGAAACGGGGCAUACUUUUGACCUCCAGAGGGCUACCAUCUUAGGCCGAGGCAACACAAAAACAGAACGGCUAACUCUAGAGGCGUGGUUCUCCGAUGCCCACUCUAUCAACAGGCAUCUGGACCUUCCUGCAGCUUACAAAGUCCUACGUCAUCACAACCGUAGAGCUCAGGACCAAACAACCACACCGGACUUAAGAAGACAGCACGGAGAUAGCCCGACGCUGAGCUUACUCGGUGAGGAAGAACAAGAACCGUCAGACCGACCGCCCGACUAAAGUCCAAUCAGCUCCCCUCGACGGAGUGGUGACUCAUAAAGUGCACAGGCAAAAACGCCCGUCAACCAUUUCCUGAGAGGCCGACGCAGCGUGAGGAGAGAGAAAAAUCGAUCAGCAUGAGGCCGGCCAACACAGCUUGCCACUUUAAGUUAACUUUCUGACCGAUUAGGUGCAGUUUACGCUUUGACAAUGAAGAGCCGACCCAGCUCUUUGAAACGUCAGCAGUUAAAUAAACCUGUUCCGGAGAGCCAAUUUUCUUCUUCUUAGUAUUUAAAUAGUUCUGCAUCAAGACAGAAUUAGCCCACGGUUAGGGGCACUUUGUUUAUAUACUUCCAAACCCAUUUGCCGCUUGUAUCAGUUAUAUCAAUUACUAUAUAUGUUAGGUUGAAGCGACAAACCUGUCUUUCUCCCAUGAAGAAUAAAUUUGAACGGCCUUGCCGCCUUCAGAUCACAGCACAAAAUCUUAAAUGAAUGUCUGGAAUAUUGGCUUAGGUACCAAGGUCUCGAUCCCAGUUAGGUUAUUAUGUAAGGCAGAGUUGCAUGGCAGAUUGGAAGAAAACAAGCAAGAGCAAACUGACUCCCGAGAAGUUAACCCAUACUACGAGUUCCUUUGUCAGCACGCUUGCACAAAGUUGGAGCGAAAAAGUUCUAGUUCCCUAAUCCCUUCAUGGGAUCUCAAAGAAAACGGCAUUCUGCAGGGAAAUUUAGAAGAGGAAAGUGCAGAGGUGCAUAGAGAAACGUAUGUGGACUGUAAAAAAUAUAUAUAAACAGCUUAAUGGUAAGCCUGAUGAUUAUGGUGGGUAAAACACAUUAGCUGAAAACGGUAGAGGCUGACUGACAAAAAAAGUUUGACGAACGUUGCGUUCAGAAAUAUGUAUGUCUCUGUCAAUCAAGCAGGCCGAUCAAAUGUUAAACCAGGAAUCGAGAAAGGAUAGAAAUUUACAAUAAACAAAUCCGACAUAUUCGCGCUGUACUUAAUAGCAACGGACAGAAAGGUUAACGGUCGCUAAAGAUACGCUCUAUUUUUGACUGUUACCUUAAUUAAAUUCCCAGUCGUACUCAUGGUCAAAAUGUGAAUUCUGCAUGUCCUCCCCCCUCAGUCUAUGGUUAGAUUUGCGUGUAGACGAAGGAUCUUCCGGGAAAGUACAAAUUUAAAUGUCUUUUUCAUUCUUAGUAUUGUGGAUUCUUUUUAUUCAAGGCCACGUUAACGUUAACGUCGAAGACAACAGUAAAGUUAAUUUUAUCCCUGGGCGAAGAAAGAAAAAAUUAUCCGAAAGUAGUAGGAAGUCGGGCAUCUACUCAAAAAUAUUAUUCAAAACCAAAUCUUACGAAAUUAUACAGCUGUCACGUUAAUCCGAGUCCGGAAAGUAUUAACUAGACCUUCAUUUCGUUCGCCUCCCCCCUCCAUCCGGCGAACCCCAUUAUCAAUCUCUUAAUACUGAGAGCACUAAACAAGGUGAAAGACUAUUCAGUUUACGGGGUCUGAGUACUUGGCUGAUGACCUACGCAUUCUCGAUAGUCAAAUAUGUAAGUUAAAGAAUUGGAAUUGUGACAUUCCAGGGGCUCUUCGACUGGAUCUGCCUACUAUAAUGGACAACUCUUCACUGAAAAAAAAGAUGAAAUCCGAUUUCUAGCCAGUCAUUUGUCCGUAUUUCGGUCCACCAUCAGGAGAUGGAUAUUGCCAAAUCAGUCCGCUUGUAUGUAAACUCACAUUAUUUUUCUUCUCUGCGUCCAUUUGUUAAAUUGCUGCGCUGUUAGCUCGGUGAUUUUUUGACUAAACAUUAGGGCGCCAUUCUGUAGUGUGCCCGGCACUUAUUGUACCAAGAGGAGUGUACCAUAUAAUUCCUCGCAAUUUGCUGCAUUGCCAGUUAAUACAGUUCAGCUCGCUUCGCCAUUGACGCAAUCAAGUAAUAACAUUCUUCCUGUGUCACUAUUUCUUUAAUCUUGCUGAUUUCUUGCGUACCGAAAAUAGAAAAUAGCAGAAAUGAAUGGGUUAAAAGUAUGCAGGCAGCUUUCUUGCAGACAUAUCAUAGGAACGCAGUUGAAUUUGAGAAGUCUUCCACCUAAGAGUUCCCAGCUCCUGUAGAAGUCAUGUCAAAGGAGGGGUGUGGGCAAAAAUGUAGCUUAAAACGCGUUCGUACUUAAUUUCUGAACUAGGACACAACGCAGCAAACUGCACCAGACAUUCAUCGACUACAAAAUUCGCAAAAGCAACCACUUUUUCCAUUGGGUUAAUUAAGACCAGAAGAUUUUAAAAUCAAUCGCGACCGUGAGAUUUCAUUAAUUUAUAAUUCGGCGUUUUUAUUUUCUGCGAAGGGCAACUUGAGAAUGCUUGUAGAUAUUUUAUCGAAUUCUACAAUGCCACUCGAUACAAACCCUGGACAGAAGAGGACGGUACACUGCUGGGGAGUGCCGCUGACCGAUGUUUGGUCCGCAUCUAUCUUGCACUAGUUGACAAAACAAGCAAGGAAUUCAUGUGCGAGAAAAUCGCCCUUUGUACUAAAGCACACGAAGUUGCGUUGGCAAGUAAGUCCAGAAUAAUAUGCACAAAGCCUGAUGUUUGUUUUAAACUGAAGGGAACGGUUGAACUAAACGUAGAGAUCAUACAAUACCUAAAAACGUUUUUGAGGAAACCAUGAUCCUAGGCAUGGCCCAAACAUCAUGUUGUCCAGGAAAGAUAAUAGAUGGAAUUGCAGACUUUGUUGUGACUCAUUUGUUAUUCUAACAAGGAAGGAUACAAAAUAGUUGUCUUAGAGGGGCAGGCAAUUGUCACAAACAUUUAGAAAGAAAUAUAAAUGUUCGUUUUCCCCUUUCCUCUGAGGCGGUGACUGGAGUCUCACAGCGCCUGCAUGCUUGAAGAUGGGUCAGCUGUUGGAAGAAGCCGGGAGGUCUGGCGAGGCCAUUACAGUAAGUAUUUUGGACAUCUGUGGCAGGAAUACAAUAUGUCUUAUACUUACUUGCAUUUUGUAUUUAGGCAUUCUGCGUUUAAAAUGAUUGUUGCACUAGCUGUUCUUAGUAGAGGCCUGAAUCCACCUUCAGAUAUGUAGUAGAGACGGAAGCUUAGUCUGCGUUAUGAAACUUCGUUAUCGAGUUUGACGUUCGGCAGUGAAAAAAUUCCUUAUAAUUCUGUACACAGAAGCUUGUUUGCGUUACAUCGAAAAAAUUAUCAGCGAGAUCGCAUAUUCUGACAUAAAGGUUCCUUUAAAUUUCUGAUGUUUACUCCAUUAACCGACAGGAGAGUAUAAUUGCUCAAACCAAAGUACGGCCUAAAUUUACAGGGUACAUGGUUGAAGAACGUACAGUGUUACAAGUUAUAUGCCAGACGUUUUGUGUUCAUUGUAAAUUGUGGCGAAUACAAGUGAGAAGACUAUGAUCUUACAGUCUUUUCUAGUUUUAAACUUUCCAAAGAUACGUUAAAAUAUGGGGGUGAAGCUAUAGAGACUGGUUUUACUUUAUACGACCACGAUCAUGCCGAUCCAGCUGGCUACAACGAAGUCACAGCCAGUACUUCUCCAAGCACUAAGGCGGUAGGCCUGAAUAUGUCGAUUCAUUCUCCAGUGGCGAACACCCAAAAAGACCCAUGACCAACCUACAUGUCUUAAUAGACUGUGUCAAAGCAGAUUUCGGAAUAAAUCCACCCCACUGCCUCGGAUUAUAUGGCGUCAUUUUUGAGACAGCAGUAAUGAACUAAUGAGGCAAAGAACACGCGCGUAAUCCCUUUGCUGUCUUUAAUCAAUAACGUGGUAGAUUCUUGCGGUGCUGUGGUAGAGAGUGCAGAAUGUCACACUCGAAUUCCUAGUAGUUUUGAUGAAGAAUAAUUCUUAAGGCGAUAGGAGCCGAAAAGUUCUAGCAUUCUCUCGUCUUCCACGCACAUAGUCUAACAUUCCCAACAGUGCCAAAGAACUGACAUCGACGAUGUCCCAUACCUGUGGAUAUUAUUGGCCAACGAGAUGACAUGGCGUGUAGAUAAGCACUUGAGAAGGUCUUCAAAACUCCACUGACAGCUUCUCCUGGUCCUUGGAGCAAUUAGAUCGCUAGAUCUCUUAAACUUUGUGUCCCUCCAAACUGAAAAGGUUUCGCACCCCACAUGCGUGAUUAUUCUUUCUAGUGCAUCAAUAGAAAAAUCUACAGCCUAACCUGACACAAAGAAGCUGCGGAUUCUCAUUAUUUACAAGGAUUCCGAUACAGUUGACCGUUUGUUUCCGCUUUCGGGGGAAUUGUGAAUAUAUUGCAUUGUGUAUAUCCUGGGAAAUACCUUGUUUUUAGUAUACGGCACUUUAACGCCGCGAUUUCUGCCUUGGGCUAACUACAAUAUUACUGAAAUGCUGUGGGGAUCUUGAUAAAGUACGCGAAGCUAGAUAUGACCAUUCAUCUGGUUAAAUGCCACAACGAUCGCUCUGUUUAUUUAGUUGUGGAAUGCCUCAUCCAGACAAGGUAAGCGAACAAUCAUGCGUAAAAGUUUGGGGCUCUUCGUAGCCUGAAGUUACUAAUAAAGGACUUUUAAGGAGUUUCCGUCAUUUUCUGUUUAAAUCUGGGAGAUAAAUGGUCACAAAUAUGCCCGCCUACAUAAUAAUCUGCAAAAAGAAUUUUGGCCGUGUAUUGGAAGGAAAAGUAAAUGCCGGAUGGGAAAUGGCAUUUUUACGUAUAAGGAAAAUGACUAGAAAGGAUGGAAAAGUUUACUUGAGCCUACGUUUGCUUAAAAUAUUAAUUAGGGUUUCGACAAAUAUUCCUUAGGCUUCCAGGUUUACUAUCUAUGUCUAACCAGCGUUGAAGCCGCUGCUUAAAAAGCUUUUCAUCACAAUAUUAUGAGUGAGCGUCGGGCACCAAGUUGGAAAUUCGAACCACAAACAACGGUCAAAAAUUUUUCUUUGUCGAUGCAUCAGAGUAAUGGUGGGGCAUGCCGUUUUUUGCAUACAGUGGUAGCUAUGAAUAAAGGAAUUUUGUUGGGCACAUUUUCUCAGCACUUAUCAAGAGUUUCCAUAAGUUCAGUGCUGUGCGCAAAUGAAUAGCAGGAAUGGCCUCCAACAAAUCGCGAUCUUUUGGUCUCAGAAGUCCGAAUAUUUGCGGAACGCGACUCGAUUAUAACAAAUAGUACCCCUAGCGUUCUUAAGAAACAUUAUUUUUGAGGGCUAGUAGGCCGCUGUCUUUUGUGCUACGAAGUGCUGAUGGGCAUGUGGUAAACAUGGACGUUCAAUGGCAUUCAGACUUUUAAAUUAAUAAGCCUUUCAAAAGUACUGCCCAAAGCGUGUACAUGAAUUACUUAAGUGCACAUGCCUGGAGUUUGUCUGGUCGCAACCAAUAAGAAUUUCACCUCAAUUUUUUGUGAAAUAAAAGGUUUAACAAUGGACAACCGACAAAGCUCUCCAAAAUACCCGAUGUUUAUAAUGCCUGCUCCAGCGAGCCCUUACCCACUGUCAAAGCUUUGUUUAGAGUCCACAGCUUUGUACGUCUGAGUGAGCGCGAUACGACUGUUUCCGCCGUUAAAAACCACAUAUCUCGCGGACAGCUCGCAGGUAUCCGGGAACCCAACUCUAAAACUAUGUUCCAAGACAGCCAAAUUUUUAAGUUUCACAGCAAUAAUAGAUGUACAUGGGUCGUAUAAGCGUAAGGAGAGAGAAACAUUUGGUGAAGAAAGAGGGGCAUUGUUUCUAGCUCGACAUCCCCUUUAGGGAGUACAUAGAAAGCGUUACAUUUUCAGGAUUAGUUCAUCUAUGUCAUUAGAUUUUCCAAAGUAGCUGGCGUUAGUGCCCGCAUGGCACUCCUAGACAGAAAUAAACAGUAGCCUGUGGUGUUAUCACCAAUCCACCGAGCCUUAAAGAGGGAGAGGAGACAAUUAAUCUUGAAGUGUCAUCAAUUUCCACUUUGGUAGGUUGGCGUAAGCGUAAUUGGCGGAAAAGUGCAACAGCAAUUGGAAAGAACCUAGCAUAAGUUUUGACGAAUUCACUCAGGCCGGAUGAAUAAAGAAUUAAGCCGUUAUGUCAAACUUUACUUCCCUAAAAUUAUCUCAUUCCGUUACUUUAUAAGUAAGGUAACACUAAUCUGAUCGGCUGAAGGAACAAAAGUAAGUCUGCAGUAGUUUUCAUCUCAUUUCGCACCUAUUCUUGCCAGUUUACUUCAAACUGCAACCAUUAACAGUGAAGUCUGGAAACUUGUUCGAUAUCCAUAAUAACCUAAAAAAUCACCGAGUGAAUCGUUUUGGACAGUGUAAGACCGUAAAAACCGCUUAAGAAUUUGCUAGGAAGGUUGGUGGUAAACAUUUUAAAUUCGUUUUCGCCAUCAGGCUUUUCAGUUUAAGUAAAUAUCGAAAUGUUAAAGCACACUCUUUGAUAAGCAUGCAGUACAAAUGUCUGUGCUUCAGACUGGAAGAGAAGAAACCAAACAUUCGAAUUUUUGAGAUUUCGUUGGCAGCUUCCGUCUUCGUAUGAUACAAUGGAGGCAUGUACUCUAAGUCCUCAUUGUCAUUGCAUUUAUUCAUUAAUCAUGAAUUGGGGUCCUCUCCCUGCUGUUAGAAUUUGCUAUGCAGCAGGACUGACCAAACCUUGAAUGCCGCAAGUGAUUUUAUGUCCUGUUAAUAAUCCUGUUAAUUUAUUCAACCUUCUAACCCUAUCCUCCAGUUUUACCGCGGAUACUUCGAUCUUUCGAAAGAGGCUAAUGACUACAUUAAUCUCGGAGGGGCCUGCGAAGCAUUGUCGAAGCUGUUCCGCAAGUACGAGUUUCACCAGAAAGUUACAUGCUGACAACUGUAUGCUUUUUUUUACAUUCAAUGCAUGGCCUGCCGAGAUAGAUUUGCAUCCCAUUAUUUGAAGGUUAAAGAACACGAUCUAACUGGAUGAUUUUUAGACAAAACAACAUGGAGGAGGCGAUUAGGUAUUUGAAAAUGUUUGCGGAUAUUUGCGAGGAACACUGCGACUGGGUUCAACUUUGUCGGGCCUGUUACCUCCUUGGUAACGCCUACGAUACUAUCGGCGACCAUGCAGCAGCACUAGAGUGGAUGAAGAAAGCGCACAAAAUGCCGACUUAUGUGAAUGUAAGUUGUUUUGACAAGUCUAAGCCUUAUUUGACGGUAAUUUUCGAAGGACUGGUAACGUUUGUUCUUGCAGAAAUUUAAACUUAUUAUUUGGGCCAAAGGAACCGACAUUACCACCGGAAACAAUAGAUAACAUUAGCAGCAUUCGUCUUAAAUAAGUUAAGACUAGGAAAUGAUCAUGCUUUACAUGGCAAAUAUUUUGAUCCCCUGACUGCUUACCAAAAUUUAACUCUUCCCUUUUGCGAACCAUUGCUAAGCUGAAGUUUUACCAAUGAAAAAUUCACUUAUAAGUCCGCUUUGCCUGACCUUUAGCUACUUUAGUCCAGCCUUUCGGGAUCACGAAUGGGUUGAGAAGAGAAAUAUUGGGAUGUGGUGGCUAAUUCUAUCACGAACAGGGUUCCGACAUUAGUUAUUGUAUACAAUGAGAGUGAUGGACUUGUUUUGAAUAUUUAAACAUGGAAACCCGAAUGUUAACUGACUUAACAUCAGUGUUAUCUUCCGCCAUGUAUAAUUUGACUUUAUCAUGUACUUUGCUGAGGGGACCGUAUGACCAAUUUGUCCUGAUUUAUGCUGCUCUUGGUUUAGCUCAGAACGGAUUAACUGUUGCUAAAUAUGUUAACAAAACCUUGCUAAAAUAUGAAGAGGCGAGAACCUGAUGUUUUGGAAAACAGCCGAUCAUACCGCCAGAUUUGUUCACUGCCUUGCGCUCAAGUGUUUGUACGUACAGUAGGUGUGCUAACUCCUGGAUUGUUAGCCGAAAUUCUGAAAUGCGUUUUCGACUCGAACAGAUUUCUUAAGUAGUGUUGUUGAAUUAAUCAUCACGCACCAUAAUUCCACAAUAAUUCAGUCACCUCUGGAUGCCAGCUUUAGAAGGAACUUCUAUCCGGCCGCAUGAACAAUCCACAAUCUGUGGAAAAUUAUUACUUAAGGAGCACGAAUGUUUUCGUUUAUUUUCGAUAACUGUAUGGAUUCAAUUAAAUUUAGUAAAAGAAAUGCAUAAAAUAUUAAUGCCUUUACUUAUUUGGUAGAACAUUACGUCUUCUUCCGAUAUUCUACUCAAACGAAAAGUGUAAUUUGUUCUUUAAAAAACCUUUCCAAUUCCCAACUAAUUUUGAACCAGACCUGCCAUUACACUUGCAUCCAGGGUUUCCAAACUACAAGCCGUCUAUUUUUCGUGUACGGAAAUCCACACAUUUAUCUACGGUAUUGAGAGGAAACCAUAUGGGAUUCAUAAAAUUCGGCAGUGGAUUUCAGCCAUAUUGUAAACUUAACAAACCACAUUAGUACAUGUAGACGUAAGAUGUUUUUAGGCGCGGACGUUUCAUGGUAUCAAAAAACAUUUAAAACUGCAUUAUACGCUUCCUUUGAGUAUAAAAUCGGAAGAAGACGUAAUCUUCUACCAAAUAAGUGAAAUAAUUAAUAUUGUCAUGUAUGUUUUUUACUAAAUAUAAUGGAAUUCAUACAGCUAUCGAAAAUCAAUGAAAACAUUCGUGCUCGUUAAGUAAUAAUUUUCCGCAGAUUGUGGUUUGUUCAUGCGGCCGGAUAUUUCCUUCUAAAGCUGGCAUCCAGAGGUGGCUGAGUUAUUGUGGAAUUAUGGUGCGUGAUGAUUAAUUUAACAACACUACUUAAGAAAUCUUUUCAAGUCGAAAACGCAUUUCAGAAUUUCGGUUAGCAUUUCAUGAGUUUGCACACAUUGUACAAACGAAAGAGUCGUCAGGUCCAGCUUGUAAGAUAAUUCACACAAAAUAUUAAGUGUUCAUCAAAAGUUUAUCAUCGCAGGUGACGUUCGAAGUUAUUUAUUAUCUUCUGGGCUGUUUGUCUCAUGUGACUGAUAGUCGAGUGAUAUUUCCGUUAAAAAACCGAGAAUACUCUUCUAUUUACGCACAACUUGCCCACUCUACUGUGACAUGCGUAAACUGACAGACGAGUUGUCACGAGCGACGACAUGCUGCAUGUGUCCCACCCCCUGGCGGCCGCACGACGGUGGUUUGCAUGUGAAUUAGUUUAUACUGAGGCAGACUAACACGAUAUCUACCGCAUUCUCUCCCUCCUCACCUACCAAGCUCUGAUGAUACAAAGAUUUUGAGAAGAUCUGAGUGUAGGUCUGGCGGGCAAGAUUUGGUUCUACAGCCUUACUACAGUCCCAAAUCAGCUUUAGUUAACAUACCAAACUUAGCCACUCGCUGGAUAAGGUGGGGGAAGAGAGAGCUCGCAGAGCUCGAAGCACGCGCAGGAAAGCGAGCGAAGGUGGCAGGUACAAACUCUCACGGCACAGUCACUCGCUGAAUUACGAAUAUAAGGAGCGAUGCAAUCCCAACAGGAAGGUCACUGGGGGCAACCGCGAGGCAAUUCGCAGUACGUGGCCACUUUGGUGGAACCGACGGAGUUCCACACCGUCGGAACAGUUCCAUUAGCAAGCCCACUUGAACACUCGCUGGGUUAGGAUAAUAAAGAGGACGCAAGCGGGAUAUGGAGUACGCACAUAGGAGACGCAUGUGAACUGAUAUCUGAAGUAACCGAGGCUGGUAUUUUAGCACUCUUUCCCGUGACACAGACACUUGCUGGAUUCAAAUGGUAAGGAAGUCGCAAAUACGUGAUAUUUGUAGAGUCCGCGUAUCCACAUCUACCAAAUGUUUUUGGAAAGGCUCACCAUAUGGUAUCACUCAGUCGGGGCUGCAGGACCAAACCUCGCCGUCCGCUGCAUUAGAUGGCAAAGUUAGAAAGUCCGUAUCCGCGCGCCACAGGUAACCCGGAAUUUAAGAAAUAUACCGGGUUUGCGCGACGGCGACUCAGUUCUUACAUGCGUCCGAUUAUCAUAAGAACCAAAUUAUGCAGGAGUCACUACAGUCUGACUUUUAAUUCUCCAGUUAUUCGAAAUUUUUCAUGGCGGAUCUACUUACCUCCUCGGUUGGCAACUUUCCAAGCCACGACUUUUAUCGCGAGUUAAGAGGUUCAGGCACGUCAGAUUUACUAUAGUGAGGCCUGCGAUGAUUUGCCAUGGGGUUGGAUUCUACAGGGCCGUCAUUACUCGUUAUGUUCUAACCCUUGAACCGAGCAACUCACUCAGCUUCUGCAAACUGACGGUACAGUUGGGCGCAGUGAUUGACAGAGCUAGACAGCGCGUCUGCGUAUGGCAGCCACGACCUGGUCGCCACUUUGUGUAUGGACACGCUUACGUAAGGAGUGCAUGUCCUGGUAUAUUGCGAUGCCCCAGUCGCACUAUCGACGACGAAGAGGAUCACGUGUCUGCCGUCGGAGAGGGGUGUGCCCGUUACAAGGUGUGACGCGUUUUGUGGAAGGAAUUUGCAUAUGGCCCAGGGAUGUGUUUGGCCAGGUAGGUGAAGUGAAAUUUUGAAGUCUGGAAUGCGGUGUUUGUGGAAGAUUUGUGUAGAGGUGCAUAUGACGGAAUAGGCGUGUACGAUGAUAAAAUGCCCCUAGAGAGUGUGGAUCGGUGUGACGGGUUUAUGUUGAGAAUGCUGACAUUAACCCACCGACUACAGUGCAUCUGACUGACUAGGUCAGUGUGUGAUAUGUUGGUGCGGUCGCAGUGGGACAGGCUGAGAGUAAGCCUACAAUGCUAGUGGUGGGAGGGGAUGAUGGUGAUAUUUUACAUGAUGACAGGUACUUCCUUAGUGCCUAGGACAAUGGUGAUAUUGGUGGCGGUGUUUUGUAGGCUAAGGGGCGAGCAAAUCGUGUUGACAAUGCACUAGGUCUGUAGGUGCCUAGGGAGACCGAUUCCUGUCGGGAAUGUCUGCGGACAGUGCGGAUACGAUGGCAAGCGUUGCGUCACUGGUUCCUAGCAUCUAAGUCUAACUGUCCUCUAUUCUGUCCUGCCAGCGUUAAUCCGUCGGAUUCAAGAAUAGCUGCUCCAGUGAUUACGAGAGUACACCAAGACUGCCAGUUCUGGCAAGAUUCUCUCAAGUCUCUUGAUUGAUUUGCGAAUGCUUAUAUUAGGACUUCAAGGUGUUCUUUUGGUGAGUCCCUCGCUUGAUUUGCCUGCAAACACCCGUAGCUACACUGAGUUCGAAUAGGUGUGCAGGCAUGCAAUUGACAUCCGUGCCGAAUUCAUGGCUGCUUCAUCUUCUUUGCAUCUGCCUCAACAUGUCGGGAUGCUGAGGAACCCGUAUUUUCAGGAUUACAGUAUGGGGUAUUCUUUACCUCAACUUCACGUCUACCAUUCUACAGAAUUGGAAAUAGCUGGGUCUUUCUGCUAAGCCUUCAGAGACAGCCAUGUUUCAGCCCUGUACAGCAGCGACGUCAGAAAAACUGUCCUGUGCGUCAUUAACUUAGAUGUUGAGUAGGAUAUCGCGACGGUUUCAAACAUCAUGCUUUAGAUAGUAUAAUGUUUGGUUAGCUUUUAAGUUCCGACGUAAGAUUUCGUGUGUCGAUCCAGACUUUUCUUCAACUUGUAUUCCAGAGGUACACGAAGAUGAGCACUGCCAUGAGAUAAGUUCCACUAGCAAUGAUAGAGGGUUUGUUGCGGUCAGAAUUUGGGUAUUGGUUGAUGCAUGACCACUGUCUUCUCCGAACUGAGGGUUAGUCCGAAGUUAGAGCAGCCGGAGGCGGAGAGGCCCACAUUCCGCUGCAUUUCCCGUUCCAUCAGGUCGUUUAGAACGCAGUUAGCCACGAACGAGAUGUCUUGGAUGCUGGAUUUUGUACUCUCGGAGAUGCUCUGAGUUGGCGUAUAUCUAAGGGUUUUCCGCUGGUUCGGUAGUCGUUGUCAAUAACCUUCCGCCUCCAGGAUAAUCAUUCAUCAGUUUGGUGGAGAAUAUGAGACUGAAUCGGCCGGGAGCGAAAACACAACCCUACUUUGCCCCAUUUGUCACCGCGAAUGUUUCAGACAUUGCCUCGUCAUCCAUGGCUUGAGUCAUCAUGCCAUCAUGGAGUUGUCUUAACAUUUGAGUGGGUCAUUCAUUUCGCGAGUCACGGAGGGGGUUCCGCCGCAGGUCAGCAAUGUUUUUGAAAUCAGCACGUGCUUUUGAAAAAAGUGCCUGCUCCAGAAGCGUGUUAAGGUGCACAUGUUUUGCCCGCGAUGUUGCGAAGGGGGAUGCCUCCGUGACUAUCAGGGAAUUGUUAGUUUACAUUGAGUUUGUAGAUGCGUCCGAUGACGGCAUUCCUGAAGGCUUGGGAAUUUUGUUCUUAUAGCCCUAUUUCUUGGAACAACGCGGAAAGCCUUUCUGUAAAUUUUGCAGCGGGGUACUUUUAGAAUUCAAGGAAAUGGCGUCUACUUCCGGUGCUUUUACACUGGACAGCUAUUGCACUGCUCUGACUGCCUUGAAAAUGAAAGUCGGAUGGUCGAUGUCGUCGUUGGUGUCUGUUUGAGGAAAUCAGUUGGGGACUCAGCAGAUUUUGAUAGGCUGGUUGUGGACGCCCUGGAAUCAGACAUAUGCGGUUUUAUUAACGUCGCUGCUGUUGACUGUGUAGAUCAUGCGUAGAUUGUAUUUCCCGGAGAGCAGAGUGCGACUCCUUCGUUGAUACUUUUAAAAUGUUGGUGCUGACGGUGUGCGCAGCCUAAGGCUUUCAUCGAGGUAGUCCGGUGGCAAAGGGGACUCCGGCGUCCCUUCAUCCUGUUUUAACGCUCUUUCUAGAGGAAAAGUUGAAUCAGGCGCCAGCCUACUUUAGUUGUUCCUGUAUAAAGAAGAUGGCCUCUGAGAGUCGGAAUGUUUACUUUGUAGCAGGCCAUUUCGCAGGCGGUCAGAAGUGUCGUCUUUUUAGGCCAGUCUGCAAUCGAAAAAUGUAGAAGAAAACAAACGAAAUAAGAUGUGGUUAUAUAGUCCCGCUUGAUGGAUACAGUACUGUUAGGUUAGGGUUUACGGUUGCGGUUCAGGGUUAGGGUUGGGGCUAGGGCCAGGAUUAAGGCUUAGGGUUAGGGGUCAGAGUUAGAUGUUCGGGUCACGGGUCAGGGGUGGGGACUGGGGUUAUGGGUUAGGGCUUAGGGCAACCGCACAUCCCCAAUAGCUUUUAUUUUACAUACAAUUUCUUGAACUCCUCUUCUGUGCGUUCCCAGUCCUCACCUUCCAAAAACCCUUUUACCACCUGUCCCGUAUUACAGGCGGCUGGGGAUUGUUUACCUCAGGUGAGGCUACAUCACCAAAUCUGGCCACAAACGGUCUAGACAUCAAGAGUGGACAGCGUCAUCCUUGCAACUAGCGAUUGGAAUGGGGCGGUUGUUUUACAAGUUGUUUCGAUGACAUGUUUAGCGUUCAUAAAUCCCAGUCGGCUUGUCCACGGUGUGCUUAACCGACAGUUUUUGACCAUCAUCGAGAGGGGGUAAUCACUGUUACCGUUAAAUAAAGCUACUUAGUCAUUGCAGACAGUUGCCGAACUCCAUUCUGAUUUGCUAAUUUUGUUUAGUGGGAAGACAACCCGAACUAUUCUGGGCCACUUACGGGAUUACAUUUCUCUUCUGCAUAAGACAUUUUGCUUGACAUGGUGAAGGAGGUCGGGGAUUUGUUCAAAGGCUAUCGAGUAUGAGAACACACUCGUUGGGCACGCUUGGCCGGUUUGGCCCGCCAGUCAAGGACGGUUAAAGCUGGGUGGCCAACUUGCUGAACAAAACUUUGUGAAGUCAGGAUUAAAAACUGGGUUGCAGACUUGACAAAGGAAAGGUAUCCCAAAAGACUCAAUCUGAGAGUCCUGCCAAAAGCAAUUUAUACAACUACAUCUAUCAUAGACAAUUGACAUCCCAGCUGGAUGAUGCUGACUUCUCUGUUAUACUUUCAUUACAAAGGUUAAAUAUUAUCCCUCUUAGGACUUUUAUUAGGUGACAGACCCUACCUUCGCUGGUUAAUGUUCUUGUUUAAGCCGUAGUCGUAUCAUCAGUUUUGCAAAUUUUUCGUACGCAAAAGGUAUUCAUCUUUGCUAUUUAAUAUUACAAAGGCCUCUAACCCGGCAUUAUUUGGGAAAACAACUGAGGACGCCCGCAUCAUGAUCGGUGUAACGCGAGCACACCAAAUGAACUCCAACUAUACAAACACCGUUCUAUCAGAAGCGCGUGGUGCCGUUUUGCGUGCCGUUGGUUGGAAGGCCAAUCCCACUGAUGAGAUAAACGUUUUUGGUGGAGCGGCUAGCUUCAGACCACGUAAGAUUCCCUGCAUUUCCACACUCAUACUAACCAUAUUUCUAGGACAACGAUUCUCCGACGCAGAGCCAAAGCGGGAUGUCGUUAUGUAUUCUAGGCAGCCAGCGGUCAGCUUUCUCAAUAAAAACUAG